AUGUAUCAUAUUUUUUCAUCUAAUAUAGUUUCGAUAGGUAGUGGUGGAAGCGGCGGCGGUAACAAUGCUGACAGCAACAACCAUCAACAUCACUUGGAGAUGAAACGAAAAUUCAAUUCAAAGAUCAUGUUCAUUGUGGUGUUUGGUAUCGUUUUUCAUGCGGUGUUCACACUAAGUAUCUUUGAUAUUUAUUUCCGUUCGCCGCUCGUCCACGGUAUGACUCCACACCGUCCGGACGACACGAUUGUUUCGCCACCGGCAAAACGUUUGGUUCUGUUCGUGGCGGACGGUCUUCGUGCCGACAAGUUCUUUGAGAUCGAAGAGCAGACUGGCAAUAGUCGCGCACCCUUUAUGCGUGACAUCAUCGAGAAGACCGGUAGCUGGGGUAUUGAAGAUCUCCUGAGAAAUGCAAGUGUUGGCGGUGAUGUCGCGCUAGAGAAGAAGUUGAGAUCCGACAAGAUCGUUAUAUUCUUGCAUCUGCUUGGUUUGGAUACGAAUGGACAUGCCUAUCGUCCAAACUCAAAGGAGUAUUACGAUAAUAUUAAGUUGGUCGAUCGUGGCAUUGCCAAGAUAACAAAGAAGAUCGAGGAGUUCUACGGAGACGACGGCAAGACUGCAUUCAUCUUUACCAGUGACCACGGAAUGUCGAAUCGUGGAAGUCACGGUGACGGUGAGCGUGCCAACACCGAGACUCCGCUGGUAGCGUGGGGAGCCGGUGUUCGUGGUCCACUGAGCUACGAGUUCCAAAUGGAGAAAAUCACUAAACUCCGUGGAAAAGCACGUGAAUCUUUGCCGGUCGACGCAACCACUCCGGCCAACUGGAAGUUGAGUCACCUGAUGCGUUCCGAUGUCAGCCAGGCUGACAUUGCACCACUGAUGACCUCGUUGAUCGGUGUUCCAUGUCCGUUGAACUCGGUCGGUGUAUUGCCAACCGACUAUCUUGGAACCGACCAGCAAUAUACAUCGUAUGCACUCUACGCCAACACUCUUCAGAUCUGGGAGAUGUUCAAGUUGAAGUCAGACACCAAGAAGCAAAACAGUUUGAUUUUCUCACCGUUCACCAAGUUGAACAAUGCACAGCAGAUGCUGGAUUCGAUCAAGUGGAAUCUCGAUAAUGGACACCACGAAGAAACACAGGUAUUAUGUAUUGCGUUCAUCGAGCUGUGUCUCCAAGGUUUGAAUUACUUCCAAACAUACGACCGUCCUUUCCUCAUGGCAAUGAUUACACUCGGUUACUUUGGAUGGAUUAUCACACUCUCACUCUAUGUCAUGAAUAACUAUACUAUUAUUGGAUCGAGAUUGGAUAGAGAGUUAAUUAAACAAAAGAUACCAUCGAUUGAUAAAAUUUCUAAUUAUAUAUUGAUUGUACUAUCAAUAGGACUGUAUGGAUAUCUAUUGGUAAAUGAAUCACCUAUUCUCUAUUAUAUUUAUUGUACUUUUGUUAUUUUCUUCUGGGGAAAGACAAUCCCAUCGAACGCUAUGCCACUCUAUAUGUUUAUGAGAUCGUAUGUUGCAAAGUCAUCGCACAUCACAGGUUCACAGGAUAUCAGCAAGUCUGGUAUCGUCAAAAACUUUAUCAUCUUGGCUACCACCGCUGUAUUGAUCAUGGAGUUGUUGGUCGUCUCCUAUUUCGAUAGAAGAAUCCUUAGCAUCUUGUUCAUCGUGUUGGGUAUUUCAACAUUCACCUUUAAUAUCACAGCUCAACUUCGUAGCUAUUGGAUCAUUGCAUGUCUUGCAAUGUCUGUUUUCCCAAUGCUGCCAGUUGAUUAUGGAAAUGAUAAUCUUUUAGUAUGCCUUGGUGGUGUUUUAACUUCAGGUAUUGGAUUAUCAAGUUUAUAUUUCAGUUCACCUAAUAAUAAGGGAAGUUCAACACAUAAAAAGAUUGUCUAUGCUUUGAUUGCAACCGUUGCAUUUGCAACUUGGAUUGUUUACUCCACUGACAAAUCGUUGGAAAGAAAGAUUGGUUUGCCUUAUUUCAAUCAAAUUGCAGCUUGGGGACUAUCUAUUUCCAGUAUUGUUGUAGUUACUUUACUCAAAGGAAAACACUAUUUUGAUCAUUGGGUAUAUCUUUGUCUAACAUUGGCCAUACCAUUUGUACUAUUUGGUGUUUCUUAUGAAAUUUUAUUCUAUGCUAUUUUCAUUGUAACAUUAUCGAUUUGGAUGUAUACCGAGUUUACUUUGGAUAGUGAUAAAGCAUCCGAUAACAUUACCCAAAAUGAUAUUAAGAGAGCAAUUAUUUAUAUAUUCUUUUGUUAUAUUGGAUUCUUUGGUGUUGGUAAUAUUGCAAGUAUCAGUAGUUUUGAUCUUUCUGCCACUUACAGAUUCACCACCAUUUUCAACCCAUUCCUUAUGGGCUUCCUCUUGUUGAUAAAGAUCUUCAUUCCAUUGUUGAUCGUUGCACUGUCAUUCUCACUGCUGAACAACUGCUUGAAUAUUCCAAGACCAGCAAGUUUCCUUGUUGUCAUUGCACUCACCGAUAUUAUGAAUAUAAACUUUUUCUUUUUGGUCAAAGACACCGGUAGUUGGUUGGAAAUAGGUAUCAGUAUCUCUCAUUAUGCCAUCUCCAAUGCCUUUAUCAUAUUGCAACUCCUACUGUUUGCUGUCUCCUCUGCAUUGGUACCGGCAAUCAACCAAUCCAUCAACAAAAUUAAAAAGUAA